AUGUUAAGAAUAUCGAAUAUAUACCAAAGACCAGUUUUCGCUAUACUUAGACAAACAAGAGCUAAUUCAAGUUUUAUUCAACAACCAAAACCAUUAAAUACUAUAGAUAAACGUUCUCCAUCACAAAUUGCAAAUUCAUCAACUUUAGAUAUCGAAGUUCCACAAAAUAAAGCACCUGUUAAACCAAAAAAGAAAAGACCUCUACUUUCAGACUCUAAAUAUGAACAACAAGGUUAUCAAUUACCUUCAUAUGCUAAAAACAUUGGUGAAUGGGUUAUUAAAUUAUUAAUGAUUGAUAUGGAUAAAGUUAGAGCUGGUCCAAUUGCAGGUUCUGUUUAUUAUGCAGAAUGUAAAAGACAAGGUUUACAAUUUGAAGAUGAACCAUUAUCAGAUACUGCAUAUUUUUUCUAUGAAGAUAUUAAAUUACCUAAAACUUUUUCUCAAUGGUUUCAAAUCACUGCAUUACAUCAAUGGAUGCUUUCAGUUAGAAUGAGAGCUAUGCCUUUUAAAUAUGGUCGUAAUUAUCAACAAAAAUUAGUUGAUAGAUUCUUUAGAGAUAUGCAAUUAAGAUUAGCUGAUGAAAUGAAUGUUAAUUCAAGUAGAAUAUCGGAUCAAUAUUUAAAAGAUUAUAAUUCUCAAUUAAGAGGUUUAGUUUGUUCAUAUGAUGAAGCUUUCGCUACAGAUGAUAUUACAUUAGCUCAAGCAUUAUGGAGAAAUUUAUUUAAUGCACAAAAAAAUGUUGAUAUAACACAUUUAGAAGCUAUGGUUAAAUAUGUUAGAGGUCAAUUAUAUGUUUUAUCUAAAAUGUCUGAUAGAGAUUUUGCAUUUGGUAAAUUUAAAUUUGUUUCACCAAAUGAAUUAAUCUUGAAAUUUACUCCAGAACAAGAAGCUGAAAUGUUAAAAAGAGCUAAUGAAGAAUAUAAUUUUGAAAUUAAUGGUAAAAAACCAAUUCCAAGUGAAAAAAGUAAAUUAUCUUAUGAAAAUUAG